AUGGCUACCACUGACGAUGUAAAUUUUGAGCUUCCCAAACUACGCACAUCCUUCUCUCUAGAGAAUGACACCAGGUUUCUCGGCAGUGAUGAUAAUAUUGCAGAGUUCUUUGACGUCAAAUUCUGUCCCUACCAGCCACUCGACCAUGAGCCCGUCUUUGCUGCGAUCAGCAAGAAACAUGUGAUCAUCUGUCGACUCACCAAGGACCCAAAUGAAGCUAACCCAUGUCAAGUUAUCAAUGUCAUACGAGAUGACGAUGACGAAGCCGCUAGCUGUUGCUGUACUUGGACGAUGGAUAUUGUGCAUGGAAAGCCAUAUAUCUGCAUUGGCGGCGUGGAUGCCAAAGUCAAGAUAUACGACGUGAUUGACGGACAUGCUUUGUCGGCCAUGGCGGGGUGCGUCUUCUACCAGCGAUUCGCCUUUGGAGCCAAUUUACUCAUUGAAGCAAAGGACGUGAACGACCUAGCAACUUCUCCAGUCAAUCCUCAUAUCAUCGCCUCAGCCUCUGAUGAUACGAGUAUACGGAUAUGGAGCUUUGAAGAAAAGCACAGGAGCCAGCCGUGUUUAUGUAUCCUUGCUGGAGAGGGCCAUUCGUGGAAUCUCCUCAGCGUAGCUUUUCACGAAACCGGCCGAUAUCUUUUAUCAGGUGGUCACGACCAGAUCAUCAAUCUAUGGACUAUUCCCGAGCUCCCUAAUGAAACAAUAGCUACGCCUCUGCAGGUUCAUUAUCCUCAUUUUUCAACUUCCGCAGUCCACAGCGGCAUUGUUGAUUGUGUCUCAUUUUAUGGGGAUCUCAUCCUGUCCAGAGCAUGCCACGACGAUGUUAUCGUGUUAUGGAAGAUCGAGGGAUUCUCCUCAGACGACCCUCUGCCAGCCCAAAGCACUGCUCCUACGCCACAAAACGUACUCCCAACCAACUAUGAGGAUCCCGGACGACUAACGCGAUCUGCCUUUGUCCCCUUAACAUCCCCUCAGUGCCCAGUCCAAUAUACACGACUGUUAGCGUUCCACACUCCGAACUGUGGACCCCAGUUCUUCAUGCGCUUCAAGCUACACCAUGUUCCUAAUCAGAACCCGGUGCUUGCGUUUUGUAAUGCCGCAGGUAACAUAUUCUUCUGGGAUUUGAAACGCCUGACGACUCACCGCGACGUGAUGUCGGCGCUGGCGAAUUCCACCGACAAAAGCAAGCCACUACAACUACCAAGCUGGCAGAAACCGGUUAUUCCUCGCGCAAAGGCAGAUACUUCAAGUAAGCCUCGGGCAACAGACAGUGACCAAGAUCCGUCGACUCCAGUAUAUAUAAACCAAAUAGACUCUCAUGAGUUCAGCCCAGAGACGCUAGAAUCAUGGGCAACGAAAUACAGCAUGGAGGAUGCUCAUGAGCCGUUACGACACCAUAAGAUAGAGUCGUCAUCGGCCAACUUCGUGGGCAGGCAGGCGUCAUGGAGUCCUGGAGGAGAAUGGUGUGUUGUAGUUGGAAGCUCCAAUACUGCCUUGUUGCUGCAGCGUUGGGCUCCGAAACGCGAAUUACUUCCUGCUUGAGGUAAGAACGAGGUUUCCCUUGACUUUGCUUAGCGAUGCCACUUUAGCACGGAACACUUUUGGCGCCACGAAGUACUCGUCAUCAUAAUCAAAACCAGUGUAAUUUUUUUUUCCCAAUCCAUUUCUCUACUCCGACAAUCUCCAUUCUUGCUCUGAAUCUUACCAUAUUCGCCAUGGACUCCGAGACGGUAGAGCCGCGAAUCCCAGACGUACAAGCUGCUGCUACUGCGUUUCGUACUAUUGCCGAGCAACUAGAUGCUUGCUCCCAGUAUACAGAGUUCCCAUCGCCAAAUUAUAAUGAGACGCGCCUUCACGCGAUUGUGGAUGAAAGCCUGGCAUCUGUUCAAAACAACGUUAAUGCCAAUACCGAGAGGAUUCUUCGAAGCAUAGCUGAAUUACGCUCUGAAUUUUACGCCGCUAUCCAAGCUGUCAACACUAGAGUUUCAUCAUCAAGACGAAAUGAUGUUGCUCGAUCUUUUAACAGUACAAUCAAUCGCGAUAAUUCAGUGCUCGCUCCUCUAUAUAAUGUCGAAACUGGCGAAUUAAUCACAAGCUUCCCUCAUACAAUUCAUGACAUCAGCCAACUACCUAGUAUGUUUUUUUGCUCUACCGUG